UUACUGAAAUUCGAACCUCAUGGAGAAAAGCUACUCAGACUGAGGGCUUAUCAGACAUAGAGGUGGACCUAACUGAAGUAAUGACAGAAAGAGCUCCAAUGGAUGCUAGACCUGUAGUGCAGAAGACGGCAGACUCUAGAUUCACGUGCUCUAUCUCGUCAUUUCCUGCACCUGACUUUGAUCCUCCCUUGUCAGAAAGGAAGUCCAGACUAAGUUCUACAGAAUUUAGACCUCAAGAGCAGAUGAAGAUAAGUCAUAUCGUUGAAUCUCCAGUUUUGGAAACAUCUGGAAUGCGAGAGAGUGAGAGAACUGAAGCACGGGAAUUAAAAUGUAUUGUUUUGAACAAAAGUUCUGUAGAAGAUCCAGGAGAACAGACUUCUCAAUAUGUAAAGAAGAGUCUGGGUACUCCAAAUAUUUGUUCAGAAAAUGAUAGUAGAACAAAUGUUCUACAUUCAAACCAAUUUUGGGGUUCCGUAAUGGGUGAGAUGCUGCACUGUAAUGUAUCUUCAUUGUUAAGUUCUGUCAGUUGUGAAGCUGGCCACUUGGGGAUAUUGGAUGAGACAUUUCCAGAAGAACAUGGUAACAUAGAUCCCAACAAAUCUGCAAGCUCAGAGUCUGAUUUUGGUGUAAUAGACAGUGCAUAUGUAAAAGGUGAUUCAAAAAAUAAAGGGGAUAUUAAAAAAUCAAAGCUAGAUCUGCAGUCCCAGUUCAACACAGGUAAAGCGCUGAAAAAGCCUGCAUCUAGCAGUGAAGAGAAGGUGCAUCAAACAUGUAAUGGAGAUGAAUCUGUGAGUUGUAAAUCAGACUUAAGUCUUGUACCAGGAAAAAGAGAGAGCGCUGAAUCUUGGAAUUGUCCACAUCUCUUCUGCUUGGAUGAAGAAUUUACCAACAUGCCAUUGCCAAAAUCUCUUGAUGAAAGAAAAUAUUCCCUGUCAUCUUUGCUGGUAUUCUCUCAACAUCUGGAGGAAAUGGCAUCAGCGGUACACGAAAUCCCAUUAAACUUACCAGACAGACUGAAGG